GUGUCAGUGCUACUGGAAGGCACCGGGCGUCUUCGUUCUUACGAGGUGUGUUGGCUCGUACUGCCACGUAUCAGUGAUACAUAAGUGUUUUCAACAUAGUACAGGAUACUUGUAAAAUCAAGUAUUUUGCUCAUUGACAAAGAUGCCGUUAAAGCUCGAUGUUAAGCGUAAGCUACUGGCACGCUCAGAUCGUGUGAAGUGCGUCGAUCUCCAUCCCACCGAGCCAUGGAUGCUGGUCAGUCUUUACAAUGGAAAUGUUCAUAUAUGGAAUUGCGAAAGUCAGCAACUGGUAAAGACGUUCGAAGUUUGUGACCUGCCGGUCAGGGCAGCGAAAUUUGUUCCGCGCAAGAACUGGGUCAUAACUGGUUCUGAUGACAUGCAGAUACGUGUCUUCAACUACAACACUCUAGAGAGAGUACACAUGUUCGAAGCUCACUCGGAUUAUAUCAGAUCUAUCGUAGUCCAUCCCACGCAACCUUUUAUUCUCACGUCCAGUGACGACAUGCUUAUCAAAUUGUGGAAUUGGGACAAGCAGUGGGCCUGUACACAGGCUUUCGAGGGUCAUACCCACUAUGUCAUGCAGAUUGUCAUCAACCCGAAAGACAAUAACACAUUUGCAAGCGCUUCUCUAGACCGCACUGUCAAAGUGUGGCAACUGGGAUCAGUCACCCCCAAUUUCACAUUGGAGGGCCAUGAGAAAGGUGUUAACUGUGUUGACUAUUACCAUGGAGGUGAUAAGCCAUACCUCAUUUCUGGUGCUGACGACAGACUUGUCAAGAUAUGGGACUACCAAAACAAAACCUGCGUUCAGACAUUGGAGGGACAUGCCCAGAACAUAACUGCAGUAUCCUUCCACCCAGAGCUGCCGAUCAUCAUGACAGGCUCUGAAGAUGGAACUGUUCGCAUCUGGCAUGCAAACACCUAUAGGCUGGAGAACACACUUAAUUAUGGCCUAGAGAGAGUGUGGACAAUCUGCUGCCUUCAGGGUUCAAACAAUAUGGCCUUGGGUUAUGAUGAAGGAAGUAUCAUAAUCAAGUUGGGAAGGGAGGAGCCUGCCAUGUCCAUGGAUAGCUCAGGGAAGAUUAUCUGGGCCAAGCAUUCAGAGAUUCAGCAGGCAAACCUGAAGGCCAUGACUGACACAGAGAUCAAAGAUGGUGAACGCCUCCCAUUGCAGGUGAAGGACAUGGGUAGUUGUGAAAUCUACCCCCAGACCAUUUCUCAUAACCCCAAUGGUCGGUUUGUAGUGGUCUGUGGGGACGGCGAGUAUAUCAUCUACACAGCAAUGGCUUUGAGGAACAAGAGCUUUGGCUCAGCACAGGAGUUUGUAUGGGCACUGGACUCUUCUGAAUAUGCUGUCAGGGAAAACAGCUCUACCGUGAAAAUAUUCAAGAACUUCAAAGAGCGCAAGUCAUUUAAACCAGAUUUUGGAGUUGAAGGCAUAUAUGGUGGGUACAUGCUUGGAGUAAGGUCUGUCAGUGGCCUUGCAUUCUAUGACUGGGAAACAACAGAUCUAAUGCGCCGCAUCGAUAUCCAGCCAAAGCACGUGUACUGGUCUGAAACCGGUCAGCUGGUGAGCAUUGCCACGGAAGAUUCCUUUUUCAUUUUGAGAUACGACCAAGAUGCUGCAGCAAAGGCCCGUCAGACAAAAGAAGGAGUAACAGAAGAUGGCAUAGAAGAGGCUUUUGAAGUUUUGGGUGAAGUGCAGGAGUCAGUAAAGACAGGGUUAUGGAUUGGUGACUGUUUCAUUUACACGAACAGCGUCAACCGUCUCAACUAUUAUGUUGGUGGAGAGAUAGUGACUAUCGCUCAUCUGGAUCGUACCAUGUAUGUCUUGGGAUACAUUCCUAAAGAAAGUCGCCUGUACUUGGGUGAUAAAGAGCUUAACAUAGUAUCCUAUUCCCUCUUGCUCUCCGUGCUUGAGUACCAGACGGCAGUGAUGCGGCGAGACUUUGAAAUGGCUGACAAGGUGUUACCAACCAUUCCCAAGGAGCAACGUACCCGUGUUGCACACUUUCUCGAGAAGCAGGGAUUCAAAGCACAGGCCCUGGCUGUCUCCACUGAUCCAGAACAUCGAUUUGAGCUAUGCUUACAACUUGGUGACACAAAAACAGCUCAUCAGCUGGCCACUGAGGCACAGAGCGAACAGAAAUGGAAACAACUGGCUGAACUGGCACUCGCACAGGGAGACUUUGUGUUGGCUCAGGAAUGUCUUCACAAUGCACAGGACUUUGCAGGUCUGCUUCUCCUGGCCACCUCUGCCAGUAAUGCUCCCAUGGUAGCCAAACUGGCUAAAAGUGCUGAAGCAAUGGGGAAGAACAACAUUGCAUUCUUGGCAACAUUCCUUCUUGGGGACACAGAGAAGGCACUUGAGGUCCUAGUUGAUACGAAACGCUUCCCGGAAGCUGCUUUCUUUGCAAAAUGUUACGCGCCAAGCCAUACUUCGAGAAUCGUCAAGCUGUGGAAGGCAGAGCUAGCCAAAGUGAGCGAGAAGUCUGCACAAUCCCUCGCGGAUCCUGAGGAGUACGAGAACCUUUUUCCUUGCUUGCAAGAUGCUAUGAAAGCUGAACAGUACCUACGCCAAAAAGGGAAUAAGAGAAAAGCAUCCCAGUUUCUCACCAUGGUUCCCAACCACGAAAGGCACCCUAUUGAAGAAGCAAAUGCCGCAGAAGCAGGAGGGACUUUUGCUUACCGACCAGAUGCAAAGGGCGAUGCUGCGCAGCAAAAUGUUGGAGGGCAAGCGGACAACACUUUGGAGCAACCAUGCAUAGAUCUGGAAGAGAUUGAUCCAGACCAGCUAGAGCAAGAGCUAGAGAACGACCUCAGUGGGCUUGCUCUGGAUGAAAAUAUUGAGAAUUUAGAAGUCAACCUGGAUGAGGACUUGCUCAGUGAUGACUGAGUGUCAGCAGAAGAUUCUGUAUAGAUUUAUGUUUUGGCAUGGUUACCUUUUUCAUUUAAUGUUCAUCUUGCAUAAAUUCUCGUGUUUUUCUUUCACACUUUGAACUGACAAUAAAUGUGAGUUCUCUUGGA